GUGGUCCCUUGACGAAAUAUUCAUGCCGUCGCCGCCUAUUCAGCGGCCCGUUUAUUUCAUGCUGGAUACGGAGCAAUUGAUCAAUUUAUAGAAAACAAGCUCAGUCGAUUACAGACCGGGAUAACGCACACUGCAUGACCUUGCACUGAAUGUCAUUAUAGACGGAUUUUUUUUAAAGCACAGACACGGUCACUGGCCACAGCCAUGGAGAUUGUCACACAUUUAAUUAAUGACACAAUAGAAUUCUACAAAUGGACCCUAACUAUUGCAGACAAGCGAGUGGAGAAAUGGCCUCUGAUGGACAACCCCCUGCCCACACUGGCCAUCAGCACCUCCUACCUGCUGUUCCUAUGGCUGGGGCCCAAAUACAUGAAGAACAGAGAGCCCUUCCAGCUCCGCAAAACCCUCAUUGUCUACAACUUCAGCAUGGUCUUCCUCAAUUUCUUCAUCUUUAAAGAGCUGUUCAUGGCAGCGCGGGCGGCAAGCUACAGUUACAUUUGUCAACCGGUGGACUACUCAGAGGACCCCAAUGAAGUCAGGGUGGCAGGAGCUCUGUGGUGGUAUUUUGUCUCUAAGGGCAUUGAAUAUCUGGACACGGUGUUUUUCAUCCUGAGGAAAAAAUUCAACCAGGUUACUUUUCUGCAUGUCUACCACCAUUGCUCCAUGUUCACGCUCUGGUGGAUCGGCAUCAAAUGGGUGGCAGGAGGACAGUCAUUCUUUGGUGCACACAUGAACGCAGCAAUCCACGUCUUGAUGUACCUGUAUUAUGGCCUGGCCUCCUGUGGACCUAAGAUCCAAAAGUACCUGUGGUGGAAGAAGUACUUGACCAUUAUCCAGAUGAUCCAGUUUCACGUCACCAUUGGCCACACAGCCUUGUCACUCUACGUCAACUGCGACUUCCCCCACUGGAUGCACUACUCCCUCAUCUGCUACGCCAUCACCUUCAUCAUCCUCUUCGGCAACUUCUACUACCAGACCUACCGCCGCCAGCAGCCUAGACGCGACACCUCCUCCGCCUCCAAAGCAGGCAAGGCCCUCUCUAAUGGUACACUCAACGGGCUCAGCAAGGCCGCUAACGGAGCCGUGGUGAUGGGGAGCAAAGAGGAUAAGCCCCAGGAGAACUCUGGCAGGAGAAAGAGGAAAGGAAGAGCUAAAAGAGAUUAGACGAAGAGGAGCUGGAGAGGUAGAGGUAGAGGGCCUUGCUUUGGGUUUUAGGUUGAUAGUGCUAAAACGUGAAAGACUUCAUUUGAGGAAAAUUAGGUGGAUGGGUGUGAUGUGUUUAUUUAAGCCAUGAUCUGAGUUGAUGUAGAUAAAAUAUGAGACAGGCUUGUGUUGAGAGAGGAUCAUUCUGUUAGUAAGAUGUGUCAAAGGUCAUGCCUACUGCCUAAGGUGACCGUUAUCACAAAUAACCCAAAAUACAGUAGUGUAUGGUACGGGAUAGAUCUUAGUAUUCCUUCUCUUUAUUGUGGUGCCACGUACUGUAGAUCUGGUUCAAAAAUGACUGAGCUUGAAAAGGAAACAAAGAGUUUACCAGGCCCACUUGGCAUGCUGGGAAAGCUACAAUAAAUGCGCCAGAGCUGCUUGAAAAAGAUUAUAUACCACUGUUAUUAACAAUCACUGCUGUAUAGAGACAGGAAUACACACCAUGACACACGCACAAACAUGUAAAUUUAUAUUUGAGCUUGUUAUUUUUUGUUGUUCACCUUUACAUAUAUAAAACUGAUGAUAAUG